AUGGCUGCCAUGGUGAGGGUGACGGGCCCACCCAAUAGCAACUUCCUCGUGGGCUAUCCAGGCAUAUCGGCGACAUUACCACGGAUAGAAGGCAAGGUCGAGAUCCGGCCAGCAAUAGGGUGGACAGCGCCAGUGAACGUCUCCCUUGUCACUGUCUCACUACAGCGUCGCGAAUCGAUCCUCGCCAAUGCGGACUCAGUGCUUCGAUCAGCGGUAUCAUCGUCGCGGAAGGAGAUCACAGAUAUUGUGGGCAAGGAGAUGCUCUUGUUUCGAUGUCCGCCCGGGAAAGAGUUCGAGCCAGUCAUGUGCAUGGACCUACCGUUCGUCAUAUUCAUACCCUACGGCAGAGGAGGAGAGGAGAUCGCGAGAAAAGUACCGCCUGCAUCUUUACAACUGGACAAACGCGCAGCGGAGACAUUCUACGAGAUCGUGGUAACAGUACAGCAAGGACACCAGGAACAGAGGAAGUACCCAUUUCCCGUGCCCAUAUCACGAUACGAUACGCUCAGCACAUUCGGCAUGUACAACCGACCGGAAAGUGCAGAACAGGUGGCAGACCAUUUGGUAACAUUGGGCAUCAGCUUACCGAGGUGGAGCUAUGGACCGCUGGAUCCUGUGUCGGUGUACAUCAAGCUUAGUCCGAACCCAGACUGGCUGAGCAAGGCCAAGCGAGUUACGAUACAAAGCAUCACAGUCGGCAUAGACGAAGAGAUCAUCUUCAACCCGGAGGGUGAUGAGCCGAGCAGAAAAGUCAAGACCUUGGCGAAGCAUCAGCAGUCUGUUGGUGUGAAGAUGCCGGAAGCUGGAUACUUUACGAAUCUUGGUCUGGUGUUUCCUGCCCGAGAGCUACGAGAUAAUGAAGGCGUUCUACCGCGGCCGAAGAAGGAGUACCCAAUGUAUGCUGUUAGCAGCUUCACGACGACUGGCACGCUGUACAAGAUCGAGUACUAUCUUACAGUCAGGGCCAAGCUAUCAUCAGCACGAGAUAUCCUUCUACGGCAACCGAUUGUCGUUUGUCCAUUCGACCAUGCUGGAUGUAAGGAAGAAAUGGAAGCCAUCGAACAAGCAGCAAAGGAUGCAGCUCAUAUAUCUGCUGACAACCCGAUGCUGCCCGCUGCGAUGAUCAUCAAGGCGAACGACCCAAAUGCUCUACGAGCACUGGGCAUAUGUAUGCAACAAGGCCAGCGGAAGCCAUUGAUUGAGUGA